AUGGAAGACCUGGAUGAUGAUUUCGGCGAUUUGUACGCCGACGUCGAGGUCCGAGCUACUUCGGCCAUCCAUUCGAUUCCAAACAUCACAAAUUUACACAUAGAAAAGAGCGAAAUUAACCCCACUAACGAUGACAAUGGAGAGAAAGUUUUCAAUCAGGAAUCAAAAGGAGUUGAUUUGAUCGGGGAUGAUAUGAAUGUGGUGACGACGAUUGCGAAUUCGGAGGCAAAUGCAGUCGAGGAAUUUACCGAUAAUAAUGGGAGCGACAGUGAGGAUGAAUUGAAUAUAGUGUUGAAUGUUGAUGAUGAAGGUGGUGGUGAUGCUGAGCCAGGGUUUGUGGGGAUGCGGAAUGAUGUGAGAUUGAGUAACGGAGGGUUUAAGGAAGAAGGGGAGGAAGAGGGACAUGGUGGCUCUGGAAUAGGUGUAGAAGGGAGUGGUUUGGGGAAGCAUCGAAAAUGGAGUGAUCAGUCGCUGGUUGGUGAUGGAUUAGAGAAAGGUUGGAAUGAUAUCGAGAGAGAGAAUGGAGGUAAAGGCGGUUAUCAUUUGCAGUACUCACAAUACAAGUACAAGAGACCUCAACCAGCAGCAUUUCCAAAUAAUUCAAAAGGUAGUGAAGCUGCGGGAGUAGCUUCAUACUCUUCCACAUUUUGUAGAGGUGAAUGGGAUGAUAAUGGGUGCAAUCAACGCAUGGCCUCAAACUUUGUAGCAGCUCAAAGCGGACACAAGAAUUUCUCACUUCCUCGGUGCAGGACUAUACUUGAUGUUAAUAUUGAUGCAUUAGAGCGGAAGCCUUGGAGACAUCCUGGUGUGGAUAUAACAGAUUUUUUCAAUUUUGGUUUUGAUGAAGAUAGUUGGAAACAUUAUUGCAACCGCCUGGAUCAACAUCGACAAGACACAAAUAGGCCAAAAAGGAUUCAUCCCACUGAAUAUUCCCAACCUAAUAAGCCAAAGGGUAGAGCUAUUCAAGUAGAAGAACGCAGCAGUGAGCGACAAUCAUCCAUGGAUGUAAUGCGUUCCCUUGAUCGGGACUCAGAUGUCGUCAUUCAGAUUAGAGUGCAGGAUACGAAGGAGGACUCCUCUGGUUUAGCCAGGGAGGGAUUAGGAUGUGUAAAUAAAUCCGAACAUCAAGCAUCGGAAACUGGAGAUUUUGAUGUGGAUGAAGAAGGAGAUAUUCUGUGCGUUAAUAGUGCCAGUGAAGAUGAAGGCCCUGGAGAAUAUCUUGAAGGGAAUGGUGAAGGUUUGAGUACAUCAGUUCCUAAAAGGGGUCCCCAACAAGCAAGGCCAUCUAACUCUAUGUGCAAGGAUUCAGAUAAUCAUGAACGUGUUCAGAUCUCUGAUGAUGGGCAUAGCCAUCUGGAGGUGGUCAUAUGCGAAUCAGAAGCAACUGCUGAAACAAUGGAAACUUCAAAUAACACAAACAAAAGGGUGGGCAGGAAAAAAUGCAAUACUGUUCCAUCUAUUGCAGGAACACAAUUUUCUAAUGGUGAACAUAGUCCACAUAGCCCCAGUUCUUCUUGUUCUGGCAGUCAUAGCGAAUCAUUCAGAAGUGGUACUUUUAUUGACCCAGGAAAAGCUCAUAAUCAUGUUAGAAGGCAAUUAUCAAAUUCGGUCUCUGAGAUACAGGAGUCCGUUGCAUCCGACUACUAUCAGUCAAAAGACUCAAAAAGCCACGGUCUCAAAGCAGAAGCUGGUAAUUGUAGAUAUAGUACAAGAAAUAGGAGGUCCAUUCAAGAGAAUGUGAGGCAUCACAGUAGGAGAUUCCAUGGUCUGUCUGGAUGGAAGAACCACCCUGAUGACGAUGCCUCGCCAUUUUCUGAGACUGAAGGAUGGGUUGAUGAUAGCAGGCAGAAAAAAAGGCUACAUCGUUUUGAUUCUUUUGAUGGGAAAGAUAUCUCAUCUUGUAAGGAAUCAGAACUAUCCUUCAGUUAUUGUGGUGAACAGUUUUCUGACUAUCAGGCUGGGGCUGUUUACACAAGAAAUCCUCUCUGGAAAGGCCAUCAGCGCUUUGGAUAUGAGGCAGAUCGAGAUCCCAGUAGAAAUUUCGAUAGAGGUGAAUAUCUUUUUGAACAAAGAAUAUCGAGGGAGGAUGAUGAAAUGUUGAAAAGGGAUUCGUAUCAUCAUGAAAGGGGACUGCCUGUUGAGGACAUGGACCCUCCCUCUUGCAAGUCUAGAUGGUGGAGUCCAAAGAAUGCCUUCCACUUGAAGAAUGAAAGAGGUACUCGAUGGCAAAGGAAAGGAGAUGAACCACAGUUUAGAAAGACAAUGAGAAAUGAUGAUUUUAUUCUUGAUUGUGAAUACAACGAUGAUUUCAUGCAAGAAGAAUAUAUAGGAUCAGUUCCGUAUACUCACAGGGAAAGAGAUUAUUCAGAGCAUAAGUAUGAAAGAUGUUUACCACAUACCAGAAGGGAAGUUGAAAGCCCUAAAAGAAGUAGGAGGAGAUAUGACAACUCUUCUAUCGGGUUGGAUAAUUUAUGGUCUAUGAGUGAGGAGGAUGAAUACUGGAGAUGCACGGAUCAUCGAUCUUUGGCCUCUUGUUCUUAUGAAGAAGCUCAUAUUGCCAAUGGCAAAACGUGGCAUGAUACCCUGUCUCCAAGAAAUGAUGUGUAUGAAAGAGAUGGGAUACAUGGGAGAGAUAGGAGAGAAGGUAGUGACAGUAGUUGGUUUGGUAGUUAUGCUGAUGCUUUUGACAUUGAAGAAAGUUUCAAUAAUCCUGAUAAUCAGGUUCAUCUUCGAAGAAGUGGACACUAUUGGCAUUCUGAAGUAAGACAUUGGGCUGAAGAUGAAUACAUCUCCAGGCAUCGGAACGGUAAAUUCGGUCCUGAAGGGGUAUCGUUUUCUUUCAAAAGGAUUUCAACCCAUGAACACCUUGACGCUAAACACGGCUCUGAUCAUGCCAGGAAAUUAAUAGAUAACAGACGAGUGGAGCGGGCUAGAUAUCAACCAAUAAGGGAAGGAAAUAGUGGUAUUCGAUUUGGUAGACGUUCUAAUAUUAUUGGAAGAGGAAAUCAUGAGAAGACACUCCUGAGGUUCGGGGUUUCAAUUGACUCACACUUGGUUGUUAGGGAAGAAAAGGUAAAAUUGGGGAAACCGAGGUCAAGACCUUGUAUCACUGUGAAUGUAUUCAGGAGUGCUCCACAUAUGUUGGGCGAGUUUCUUUGCUUUUGUUAUUGGCAUCUCAUUGCAUGUUUCUUCUAGGGCUUUUUAAAUAUCCUAUUGGCUAUUCAAAAGUUUCAUACAAGUAAUCUUGUGAAGUUUUC